AUGCCUGCCGCACCUAAGCAACGAAAGAUCGCGAUUGUCGGCAGUCGCUCCGUGGGCAAAUCAUCUCUCACUGUGCGCUUUGUCGAGCAACAUUUCGUUGAAAGUUACUAUCCAACGAUUGAGAACACAUUCAGCCGGAUUAUCAAACACAACGGCCAAGAUUACGCGACGGAGAUCGUGGACACUGCCGGACAGGAUGAGUACAGUAUUCUGAACUCUAAGCACUUUAUCGGCAUUCAUGGUUACAUCAUCGUGUACUCUGUCACAUCACGUCAAUCCUUCGAGAUGGUGAGAGUGAUUCGAGAUAAGAUUCUCAACCAUCUGGGCGCCGACCAGGUACCACUUGUGAUUGUCGGGAAUAAGAGUGACUUGAAGGGUGACCAACGGCAGGUCACUCUUGAUGAGGGCCGCCAACUGGCAGAAGAAUUCAGCUGUGGUUUCACCGAGGCCAGUGCCUUCCUCGACUUCAACGUGGCGAAGGCAUUCGAUCUGAUCAUUGGCGAGAUCGAAAAAUCGCAGAACCCGUCACAGCCUACUGGGAAUAACAAGUGUUCUAUGAUGUAA